AUAACUGGAUUGGGCAAUAAGACACUUGGGCUCUGAACCACAUUAAAAGAUUGAAUCCAAUCUACUCCGUAUUAGUUAGUUCAACUCAAGAGUUUAUAUACCAAUUAAUUUCCUCGCACUUUUCCGAUGUGGGAUGCUCUUUAACAGAAUCAUCUAAAAUAUCCUCGAGAUGAAGUAUGAACUUGAUAGGAAAUACCCCAUUGGUAUACCUCAACAAAGUAGUGGAAGGUUGCGUAGCCCGCGUUGCUGCCAAAUUGGAAAUGAUGGAGCCCUGUUCAAGCGUCAAAGACAGGAUUGCAUACAGUAUGAUUAAAGAUGCCGAAGAAAAGGGCCUAAUUACACCCGGGAAGACCAUACUCGUAGAGGUUACCAGUGGAAACACUGGCAUUGGUCUUGCGUCUGUUGCAUCCGCUUGGGGAUAUAAGCUUAUCAUAGUGAUGCCACACACAUAUAGUCUCGAGAGAAGGAUUAUUCUCAAAGCUUUUGGAGCUGAACUACAUCUCACUGAUGCAGCCAAGGGAUUUGAAGGCGUCAUUCAAAAGGCCCAAGAGAUAAUGGAUAAGACGCCAAACACUUAUUUCUUGCGCCAGUUUGAGAAUCUUGCUAAUCCUAAGAUUCAUUAUGAGACAACGGGACCUGAGAUAUGGAAAUGCACUGAUGGAAAUGUGGAUGCUCUAAUUGCCGGGAUCGGAACGGGAGGAACUGUCACAGGGGCCGGAAGAUUUCUCAAAGAGAAGAAUCCAGACAUGAAGGUAUACGGUGUAGAGCCUGCCGAUAGUGCAGUUUUAAGUGGGGGAAAUCCAGGAAAGCAUAAAAUCCAAGGUAUUGGUGCUGGUUUUGUUCCUGCUGUGUUAGACAUCAGUAUACUUGAUGAAGUGUUUACCGUAACCAAUGACGAAGCAUUUGAAAUGACAAAGCUCCUCUGUCUCAAAGAAGGUUUGCUGGCGGGCAUUUCGUCGGGGGCUGCAACCGUUGCUGCUAUCAAAGCUGCUAAGAGGCCAGAAAAUGUUGGAAAACUCUUUGUCGUUAUAUUCCCGAGCUUCGGGGAGCGUUAUCUCUCAACUGAGUUGUUUGAUUCGGUGAGGGAAGAAGUAGAGAAUAUGAGAGUCCAAUAAAUUUUUCUAUCUCCCCUCGCAGUUAUAGCUUUCUUGAGAUCAUGGGACCGAUCCACUGGCCCGUGUAACCGACCACAUACUCGGUACCCCUGGCCGGUGAGCCCAAUCCUCUAUGACCAUUACAUGUGUUUAGUACUUCUAUAAUGUUUUCUCACUCUCAUUUUCCCUUUUUUCAUCCGUAUUAAAUUAUUAAUAAAAUUUGCGUGCAUUU